AUGGGAAGUAAUGUUAAGGAGAAGUGCAACGUCUCUGAUGAGGGUGCGAAGUCAAACGAUAGCUUCUCAAUGGUAUGAACUAGGGUCUACGAUGAACGACCCAAUCGACACGAUGCUUUCUGGAAUAUCUCUGCACAGUCAAUGGUAAGUAAUGGUAAGGUGAAGAACAACCUCCGUGAUGAAUGGGUGGAGCCGAACGGUCGACUCUCAACUCUCUGAGCUAAGGUUAUGGCAGAGUACGCAACGCGAAGCCAAACGACCGCUUCUCAAUGGUAUGAACUAGGGUCUACGCCCGACCGUAAACUCCAUGUUUCGGGUGUGAAGCGAGCAAAACGCGACCUACUUAAACAAAUAUAGUAGGCUUUAUUUUGUGUCAUAGAUACUUAAGGACCUUUACCCUAACCUUACCACUGGCUGGAUGAAAACUGAACGGCGAAGCUCUCAGGAAGACCCGCUUCACCUGCGGGGGCACUUGUGCCAUCAGGCAUUCAGUACUACCGUUGUCACUUAACCAGGAAUGCUAACUCCUUUCCAACCUCCCUCCCUUGCGACCGUGCUUUAAAAUCACACAUUAGCCUAUUCGUCAGUUUCGAAGUUAACGCACUGAGGCCGGCUCAUCACUGCCUGGAGCCACAACAUACAACCGUUACCGUUUCAUUUGCCGACACGGCUCCAAGACAUUCAGACAGUGCGGGAGUCAUUUCGACCAUAAACACAUAGACAACAACUGGUCUCACCGUAUUGUCGUCAUAACCAACCCAACUCCUACACCAGAAAUUUUCAUUGGCACCAACACCAAUACCCCCACCACCAACAUCGUUGCCAUUACCUCCGUGGACGCACUCCCAUCUUCUCCACACUGUCAAUGUAUCUUUGAAUCGAUCAAACGUGAAUUCAUCGCACUCAACCAGACAAACCAAACAACCAGGACCCCCAAACACACAUUCGCUACGAUCGUCUCUUUUCCCGACGCUGACCCAGAAUAUACAAGCAUCGCAGGGAACUAUUCGACAAUACACAUUUGAAUCUCCAGUCCCCACCCUCUCACAACCCUUCGCCUCAACUGUACGAAAAAAUUCAUUUAGAGUUACAAAAAUUCCCAUGGAGCAAUUAAGAAGAGAAUUUGGCGAGCUUACGCGUCCUUUCGAUAAAUUCUCAUCGGGCCGAGGUACAAACUGAAACGUGUCAGCGAUAAGAACGAUCGAUCAAGGUUCGUCCUUUCAUACAAACGGGGUAUGUGGAUAGAGUGAGGGGAGGGGAGAGGAGAGGAGGUAGUAAUUGACAGUAAGGGUUAGUUUGAGCCGCGUCACAAGGGGGAAGGGAGGGAGGUGGGGGCGCGAAGACCUGCAUACAUUUAAUCGAUCCUGGCCCAUAGUAGACGCGGAGCGUGCAAGAGGUUCUCCUGCGCGCGCACAGGACCGGCCUCUGUAACUUGAUGGCAGUUGCUUCUGUUGUUGCUGCUGCUGCUGCUGCUGCUGCUGCUGCUGCUGCUGCUGCUGCUGCUGCUGCUGCUGCUGCUGCUGCUGCUGCUGCUGCUGCUGCUGCUGCUGCUGCUGCUGCUGCUGCUGCUGCUGCUGCUGCUGCUGCUGCUGCUGCUGCUGCUGCUGCUGCUGCUAGUACACGCUGA